AUGAGCAACAUUGACGACGAGCUUCUGGCUCUUGCAGGCGGCAAUGACUCGUCCGACGAGGAGGAGGUCAUGUCGGACAGGGACAGCAGGGCCGACUCUGCCUCGCCGCCUCCGUCCAAGAAGGCUGGCAGUGGCGCGAAAAGGGGGGCCAGGGGCCGCGGUGACGAUGAUUCAGAUGCCGAGGAAGGCGAGGCCUUCUCGCCACCAGGCAGUCCCAAAUCCGACGGCUCAGCAGCCAUGGACGAGUCCGACUCGGAAGCCGAGGGCUCAGCCGACCCAGACGACGAAGACAAGUACCCCGUAGACGGCAUGUUCCGCAGCGCCGCGGAGAAGAAGCAUGUUAUGGGCAUGCGCGAGGUCGAGCGUGAGUCGCUGCUCGCCGACCGCCAGGCCGAGAUUGAACGCCAGCAGCAGAACCGCAUGCUGCGGCAGCUCGUGGCCAAGCAGGAGAACGAGGAGAAGAAGAACAAGGUCAAGAAGCGGACGGCCGAUGCCGCCGACCUCGACGACGAGGACUCCCACAAGUCGGCCCGCCAGCGCACCGAAACGAGCAAGACGGGCGCCGCCAUCGACUCGCUGCGCCGCGCCCGCGCCGAGAAGAACGACCGCGCCCGCGCCCGUGAGGAGAACCGCCGCACGGGUCGCGACUCGCCUCACCAUGACCGCCGACACUCGUCGUCGCGAUCGCGUUCGCGCGACUCCUGCCGCCGGCCACGAUCCGUGAUUUCGAGCGCAUUCGUGUCGGACGCAGCCCGCUUUGCUCAGUACUGCUUCAACCCUGGAUUUGAGAACGCCAUCACGGGCUGUUACGUCCGCGUCAGUCUGGGUCCUGACCCCAAGACGGGACAGGACGACUACCGCCUGGCAAAGAUCAAGGGCAUCGCCGUGGGUAAGCCCUACGCGCUCAACGGUCCCAGCGGGUCUUUUGUGACGGAUCAGUACGUGAUUGCGGCGCACGGCAAGGCGGAGAAGGAGUUUGCCUUUAUUUUCUGCUCCGACAAACCCGUCACAGAGCGCGAAUUCAACCGCUACGUGACGACGCUGCAGGUGGACGGCAUGGCGUUCCCCAAGACGCAGGUGCUCCUCAACAAGAUUGACGACAUCAACAAGUUUGUCGAGCGCAGCCUCACGAGCGCCGAGAUUGACGAAAAGGUGGCGCGCAAGAACGAGCUGCGGAAAAAGUUUGACCCCGAGCGGCGCGACCGUCUGCGGUGGGAGAUUGAGGAGGCGACGGCGGCCGGGCACACGCGGCGGAUCGCGGAGCUGCAGGAGGAGCUGGACGACCUGCUGAGCAACCGGCUCGCGUUCCGCACGACGCUCGACGCGCCCAAGACGACGUCGACGAACGCGGCGCAGCAGGACCGGCUCGCCGACAUCAACCGCGAACGGCGGCGCCAGAACGCGGCCAACGUCGGCAAGGCGCAGCUCAAAGAGAAGCACGAGGCGCGCAAGAAGGAGGCGGCCAUUGAGCGCGGCGAGGUGACGGACAUUGACCUCUCGCGACGCAUCCGCACCAAGACCAAGUUUGUGCACCAGAACCACCAAAAGGCCGAGGACAGCGCGGCGAGCGGCAACGGCACGCCGGCCAGCGGCACGCCCAAGAUGGCGGCCGCCAAGAAGGAGUCCGAGGUGCUGCCGCACAUUGCCAAGGCGCUGGAGAACGCGCGCAAGGCGGAGAAGAAGGGCCUGCCCGUGAUCCACCGCCCCAUCUGCGACGACGACAUCAUCGGCGAGAUUGACCUCGAGCUCGACGUCGACUUUGACUGA